UUCCUUCAAACGUCCCAUCUCUCUCCCUCUCCCUCCCUCUGUCUCUCUCUCUCUCUCUCUCUCUCUCUGCUCAUGGAAUCCGAUAGUCGGCGAUGCUUUCGCUCCCGACGCUGAACUCAUCGCCGAGGAAAUUACGAAUGCAAUUUCUCUUGGCUCAAGUGUAGGUGCUUCCUUCUCUUAUCUCCGCCGUUGAGCUAUAUCAUCUCUCUCCUUCUUUCACCGUCGUCGGAAACCUGCUCCGGCGAGUUGGAGAGAGUCAAGCAGCUUCUGCUUCCUUUUGCUUUGUUUUUGUUGUGUAGUGUAAUCCCUAGCUCUCCGAAGUUCUUUCAUCCUUCAACUCUACUUACGUUCUCACUCUAUUUUUUCUGGAACCCCUCAUUUUUUGCCGUUUUGCUUACAUUACCUGCGAUUGAUUGUUUUCAAUCGGAUCGAUUUUCGUCUUCGGAUUCGUCGAUGGAAAGAGUAUCAUACCUGGAAUUGUACCAAGAAUAGUUGACUGUUAUAGCUAAUAAUAUAGUGCCGAAAAUACAGAGAGUUUAGUUGAAGUUUGACAACCAUGUUAGAUCUUAAUCUCAAUGCGGAUUUAGCCGAUUUGACUCAUAACCAUAACUCGGUCAUGUUCCUUGACAAAUUUCCUGAAGCUUCGGCGAAUCAAAUGGCGGAAUCGGGGACCUCUAAUUCAUCUGUUGUCAAUGCCGACGGGUCCAGUACUGGAGGAGGCGAUGAUGACUCUUGCUCUACACGCGCCGGCGACGUAGUCACCUUCAAUUUCGAUAUCCUUAAGGUGGACAGCGGCAACGACGUCUCAACCAGGGAGCUGUUUCCAGUGAGUGGAACUAAAGGAGUGGAUAGAGACUCAGGGAUUUGGCAGGGGCAAUCUUCAUCGCCUUUUCCAUCCAAUGAGAGCUGGAUGGAACUCUCAUUCGAUAGUCAAGGUGGCCGCGCACAGGCAAAGACGAUUCAACUUCAGCAACAACCUCAGCCGCAGGUGAAGAAGAGCAGGAGAGGACCAAGGUCUCGGAGCUCCCAGUACAGAGGAGUCACCUUCUAUAGGAGGACUGGCAGAUGGGAAUCACAUAUCUGGGAUUGCGGCAAACAAGUCUAUUUAGGCGGUUUUGACACUGCACAUGCCGCUGCUAGAGCCUACGAUCGAGCUGCUAUUAAAUUCAGGGGAGUUGAUGCUGAUAUCAAUUUCAACCUCAGUGAUUAUGAGGAGGAUCUUAAACAGAUGAAGAAUCUCACCAAGGAGGAGUUUGUUCACAUUCUUCGUCGCCAGAGUACCGGUUUCUCUAGGGGUAGCUCAAGAUACCGAGGCGUAACACUACACAAAUGUGGACGCUGGGAAGCUCGGAUGGGGCAAUUUCUUGGCAAAAAGUAUAUAUACCUUGGGCUGUUCGACAGCGAAGUAGAAGCUGCAAGGGCUUACGAUAGAGCAGCCAUUAAGUGCAAUGGAAGGGAGGCAGUAACUAACUUUGAGCCGAGUACUUAUGAAGGGGAGUUGGACGCUGAUGCAAUCGAUGAAGGUGUCAGUCACAAUCUUGACCUCAAUUUAGGCAUAGCAACCCCAGGCAAAGGUCCCAAUGAAAGCAGGGGCAAUCUUGAGCUCCAGUCUUUUCCUUACAAUAUGCAUGCCAGAACAAGUUCAACGGUGGCGACCAACACUGACUCAGUAAAUGGCAAUCGAGCUAUGAAAAAGCUUCUAGUAACUGGAGAUAGCCCUUCUGUAUGGAAUGGCAUAUUUCCAAAUUUCUUUCCCAGUGAGGAAAGGGCAGAGAUAAUGAGGACGGGACUCCCCAGCUGGACGUGGCGAACAUAUGGCGAGCCAAGUGCUACCCCAGCUCCACAGUUCUCUGCUGCAGCAUCAUCAGGAUUCUCCAUUUCAUCCACCUUUCCACCGUCCACUGCCAUCUUCCCGGUGAAACCUAUGAACUCACUCCCCCUCACUCUCUCUUUUUCCUCUUCAUCCAGCACAGCUGCCCCCACCACAUAUCAGCAUUAUUGCCACAUGAAGCACCCGCACUCUCCACCCUAACCUAACUUUUGUGUCUGAUGCUUGGCAAGUUACCUGAUUCAUAUACUCCCACGCUCGGGAUUCCUGGUUUUCUCUAAACCUGAUUGGUUAUUGAUCCCUUUUAUUAUGCGUUAUCUUCACUUUCAAACCAUCA